UACCACAUCACGAUCACUAAGACACUAGGUGACAGGACUGUUUAAAGAUGAGUCCAGUUUACCUGUUGGUGUUGGUGUUGGGCUGCAGUUUGUUGGAGGGACAGUCGGUCAGGGUGAAUGGCAUCAGUCAUAAUGAUGACAGAGAAAACGAGAUUCAGGCUGAGCAUCCCACAACUCAAGCUACAACAACAACCUCCACCCAACAAAUCUACCUGUCAGACAUCCACGCUGUUUUGAGAGAAAUGAGCGCUGUGCUGGCAGAGCUGAAAUUUGAUCAGAGACACACAAUGAUUGCGGUGAACAACUUGGAGAGCAGACUGAGAGCAAGUGAGAGUAAAGUGGAGGAGCUGAAGAAGAAGGUAGAGGAGGAGAGUCACAUCAAUCAAGGGAAAAAAGUGGCAUUUUCAGCUGCACUGUUAGCAAGUGGAAGUGGUAAUACUGGACCUUACAGCACUGACAUCACUCUGGUCUACAAACACAUCUUCACCAACAUAGGCAAUGCUUACAACCCAAAUACGGGUAUUUUCACUGCACCUUCUAGAGGAGUGUAUGCAUUCAGAUUCGACAUCCAUGGAGGAGCUGGAAGAACAGUAGGAGUGAACUUAUAUAAGAAAGGGCAAUUUGUUGCUGGAACACAUACUAUUCAAGACAAGGGCAGUGUGAGUUCCUCUAAAGGAGUCUCACUGUUACUGGAAGUAGGAGAUGAUGUCUAUAUUAAACUACCAGCUGGAAAGUGGUUGUAUGAUAGUGGAUUACACCACAGCACCUUUAGUGGCCAAAUGCUGUUUUAUGUUUAAGUUUAUAUGUUUUGCUGUUUUUGUCAGUGCAGUGUUUUAUUAGUAAAUGUAUUUAUGAACAUGCUUGUACUCAUGUUCAGAACAUAACCAAAGAAUGAGUUAUUGACCUGUAUCUAAACUAUAAACUGACUUCAAUAAAAAAAGGAAAAAUCUA